GUGUAUGGUGCACUCGCGGAACAGCGCACCGUAAGGAAAGAAGCCAGCAACGUUUGUAUCGUUGUUUUUUUUAACCGAGCACAUUUUUUAAAGAAACACCUUUGAUUUACUGUCGUGUUCUGUUUUAAUGGAAGAUGGGAGUCCCAGCGUUUUUUCGUUGGCUUAGCAGGAAGUAUUCCUCGAUAAUUGUUCACUGUGUGGAGGAGAAGGCAAAGGAGUGCAAUGGGGUUCGUGUACCGAUCGACACCAGCAAACCGAAUCCGAAUGAAGUCGAGUUCGACAAUUUGUACUUGGACAUGAACGGAAUCAUCCAUCCUUGCACACACCCAGAGGACAAACCUGCUCCGAAGAACGAGGAUGAAAUGAUGGUGGCUAUUUUUGAAUAUAUUGACCGUUUGUUCAAUAUCGUUCGCCCGAGAAGAGUCCUCUACAUGGCCAUAGAUGGAGUUGCCCCUCGUGCCAAAAUGAACCAGCAGCGGUCCAGGCGUUUCCGCGCUUCCAAGGAGGGGGUGGAGCUGACGGAGGAGAAACAGCGAGUCAGAGAAGAGGUCAUCCAGAGAGGAGGAUAUCUGCCACCAGAAGAGAUUAAGGAGAGAUUUGACAGCAAUUGUAUCACUCCAGGCACAGAGUUCAUGGACAACCUGGCUAAGUGUCUGAGGUACUACGUUGCUGACAGACUAAGCAAUGAUCCAGGAUGGCGCAACAUUUCGGUCAUCUUGUCAGAUGCCAGUGUUCCUGGUGAGGGUGAGCAUAAAAUCAUGGACUACAUCAGGAGGCAGCGAGCUCAACCCAACCAUGACCCCAACACACAUCACUGCCUUUGUGGAGCUGAUGCCGAUCUGAUCAUGUUGGGACUGGCCACACACGAGCCCAACUUCACCAUCAUACGUGAGGAGUUCAAGCCCAACAAGCCCAGGCCCUGUGCCCUCUGUGGGCAGUUGGGUCACGAGAUCAAAGACUGCGAGGGCGUGGCCAGGGAGAAGCGGGGAGAGCACGAUCAGUUUGCAGACUCCCCUCCCUCCUCCGAGCAGGAGUUCAUAUUCAUCCGCCUGUCUGUGUUACGAGAGUACCUUGAGAGAGAGCUCACAAUGGCCAGCCUGCCGUUCCCCUUUGACUUUGAAAGGAGCGUUGAUGACUGGGUCUUCAUGUGCUUCUUUGUGGGAAAUGACUUCCUGCCUCACUUGCCGUCCUUGGAAAUCAGAGAGGGGGCCAUUGACCGACUAGUCAACAUCUAUAAAGACGUUGUGCACAAGACUGGGGGCUACCUCACAGAGAGCGGCUUCGUCAACCUGGAGCGGGUGGAGCUGAUAAUGCAGGCGGUUGGAGUGGCUGAAGACAACAUUUUCAAGAAGCGCAAAGAGGACGAGGAGAGUUUCAAAAGGAGAAUGAAGGAGAAGAAGAAGCGGAUGAAAGCAGAACAGAGGCCCUCCUUCCUGCUGGGAGGGCAGUUCGCUCCGCAGGCUCUGGGUGGGAGAGACAGGCCUCAGCCGGUCCACAACGCGCGGCACGCCGCCUUCGACAUGAGGAUGAACAGCAGGGACCAGCAGAACAGGGAUGCUGCUCAGUCACUGAAAGCCAUGAUGAGGAAUGGAAACGGCAGCCAGACUCCCACAGGGUCCAGCGACGGCCUGGACGGGCGGGGUGUGAAGAGGAAGGCCGAGGACAGCGACAGCGAGCCCGAGCCCGAAGAUAACGUCAGGUUGUGGGAGGAGGGCUGGAAACAGCGCUACUACAAGACCAAGUUCGACGUGGACGUGACGGACGAGACGUUUCGGCAGAAAGUGGUCAAGUCCUACGUGGAGGGCCUGUGCUGGGUCCUGAGAUACUACUACCAGGGUUGUGCAUCCUGGAAGUGGUACUUCCCUUUCCACUACGCCCCGUUUGCCUCUGACUUCAAAGACAUCAAGGGCAUGUUCACGGAGUUCGAGAAGGGCACCAAGCCGUUCAAGCCCCUGGAGCAGCUGAUGGGCGUGUUUCCUGCAGCCAGCGGGAACUUCCUGCCUGAAACAUGGCGGGCGCUCAUGACUGACCCGAACUCCUCCAUCAUUGACUUCUACCCUGAGGACUUUGCCAUCGAUCUGAACGGGAAGAAAUAUGCUUGGCAAGGUGUGGCCCUUUUACCCUUUGUGGACGAGCGCAGACUGAGAGCAGCCUUGGAAAGGGUGUACCCUGACCUCACCCCUGAGGAAGUCAAACGGAACAGCCUGGGGAGCGAUGUGCUGUUUGUGGGAAAGUCCCAUCCCCUGUGUGACUUCAUACAGGAGCUGUACAAAUCAGACACGGGCGAGGCCACUGAGAUGCCUCCAGAACUGUGUCAUGGAAUCCAAGGUACAUUAAAUCUUGAUGAAGAGCCUAUUCUACCAGAUAAGCCUGUUGAAUCCCCAGUUCCCUUGUUGAGAGACCUGACUCAGAACCAAGCCGUUGGAAUAAAAUUCAAGGAUCCGCAGUAUCAAGAGGACUUUGUGUUCAAGGCUGUGAUCCUGCUAGGGGCCAAAAUACCCUCCAAGGUGCUGAAGCCGGGCGACUGGGAGAGGUCCAACCAGGGGCCCUUUAAACCACAGCUGGGCUUCAAUCCUAACAGACAGCAAGCCCACCUGGACCAGUCGGCCUUCCGAGCUUUAGGCCACUCCAUGAACAGGGACCGGCAGAGAGGGGGGGGGCAUUACAGCAAUGCCCCGCCUCCUGGCAGCUACCACCAGGGCAACUACCACCCCCCCCAUGGAGGCGCCAUGCCAGUGUACCAACAUCCCAGACAACACAUGGCUCUUCUGGGUGCACCUCCCCCCGCUUUCAACGUACAGCCAUAUCCAAGGCAGCCGUACGGCCACCAAGGCUGGAACCGGGCGAUGCAGACGCAGGGCGGGGCCUACCAGCAGAACCAGCAGCGGGGCCGGGGAGGCCCGAGCGGCUACCACCCGCGCCACGACCGAGGGAACCCCCGCGGGCCCGCGCAGGGAUACAGCUCUGGAAGGAGUUAUCCUUUACCACCACCCCCUGCGAGAAGAUACAACUGGAAUUAAAGAGCCUCGUCUGAACACUGGGAUGAGGGAGAUUCCGGAUUUUUUUUCUUAGUCCCCUUUUUGUAUGGUUCACUUGUUAAUUGUAUUUUUCCUCUAAUUUUACCCAAGUCUGUUCUUAUGAUCUGAUUUUUAAGACGUACGUGUGGAACUCCUGUCAAAUACAAGCGACUCCAAAAGAGAUUCUGUUUCUGGUUUGUUUUGAUUUGGGUUCUCGUUUCAUAAUGGCUUUCAGUAUGUAGACACCCUUUAUAAAGUAAAGCAUGCUUAGACUUGCCAUUUUUCAGAUUUUAAUAUUUUUUGAUACCAAGUUACUGCUCAUAUUUGGACUUUGAACACUACGAAUAAGGCUGUGAUUUGCCAUCUGACCACCACAGAUUAGAUCCAAAAAGGAACAUAAAAAAUUUUACUAAAAAAAUAAAUGCAACCCCUUGUAUGGUUAUGCUGAUAGUGGUAAAAGGCCCUCGGUCUUUCUAAAUCACUGACAGCCAGUCUACAGCUGUCUCCUACAGCCGUACUUUUGAGUUGAGUUUUUAUUGGCAUCACUUAUUUCUCAUAUAGAUGUUGACGGGACCCUCCAAUAGUCAGUGACGUCCUUGGCCAGCGCUAAAUAUCACAAUACACAUAACACGGAUUAUUUAUAUUUACACCGGUUAUCACUGCAGCUUUUAACGAAAAGUGCGAAUAAAUUAAUUGAAACAUUUUGUUGUAGUUUAGGAAUUGAGGAGGUCGUUUAAUGCAGUUUGUAAUUCACCAUUUGCAGAAACGCAUUGAUUGAAGCCGCUGCGGCUUUCCAACCUUCCAACGCAUUUUCGGAUAAAUGUGCGUUUUGUAUACUUGGUAGCCGUUAUAUUAAAGGCCAGUAAAUUAGAAAUGCAUAGAAGCGUUUUGCAAUAAGUUAAUGUCAAGUUA